CCUUCCUCCUUUUCGUGGGGCUCCGGACAACCCCCCCCGAUGGAAAAUUAACGGCUCUGAAUGGAUAAUCCCUCUCGGUUUGGUGUUUAAAAGUCGGACCCCCCCUCAGCCGUCCCCUCCAUCUCCGCGAAGGCUUCAAGAGGGUUCGCUGCGCGCGUUCCAGGGACACUCUCCCAGUUCCCAACUGGUGGAGACUGGAGCAGAAGAUGCAGGAGAGCUACGAGAGUGUCAUCUCUUUGGCCGAGGAGAUCGCCAUCAGUUGGCCGAGGAUCACCGCCUUCGCCGAAUCCCACCGCAGGAGAGGUUUGGUGGCCGAUGACGGUUCGUUGAGCGAAAACGAAGAGGAGGACCCACCGCCAGGAGAGCUGGAGAAGGUCGAUGCCGAGGGACCACCGCCGGCAAAGCCCAAAGGGUCCAACGCCACCGCUUCGGAGGGACCGAAACCCUCUGAGAGCCCUCAAAAACCCGAAAACCAACCCAAAAAACCUUCGGGCAAACGCCAAAGCAAAUCCACCCCCCGAGGCUUCAAGAAGUUCCCACCGCGACCUCUUCUUGGCCACAGCCGCUGCCACGACUGCGGCAAAGCGGUGCCUUUUGCUUCCACCUUCCCCAAACGUCGCCGCGGCCCCGAACGUCCCCAUCAGUGCUCCGAGUGUGGGAAACGCUUCCGCUUGAGCUCCACUCUCCUCAACCACCACCGGGUCCACGGCGCCGCCGCCGCCGAGAAGCCCUUCAAGUGCCCCGAUUGCGGUAAGACCUUCGGCGUCGCCUCGGCCUUCAUCCAACACCAACGCGGCCACGGCGGCGCGGCGCCGUGCCAGUGCGGCGUCUGCGGGAAGAGCUUCUCGGCCACUUCGGCGUUGGUGAAACACCAAAAGUUACACCUGGAGGAGAAACCCUAUAAAUGUGGCGACUGCGGGAAGGGCUUCAACUGGAAUUCCCACUUAGAGCGGCACCGGCGGAUCCACACCGGCGAGAAGCCCUACGCCUGUCCCGAGUGCGGCAAGAGCUUCAGUUGGAGCUCCCACCUCGACCGGCACCGCCGCACCCACGCCGGCGCUGCCGCCGCCAAUUGUCGCUGUAGCGAUUGUGGCCGUCGUUCGCUUUCUGGUGGCGCCGAAGCUUCCAAAGCUCCCGAGAAACCCUUCGAGUGCGGCGAAUGCGGUAAAGGCUUCGCCAAGAGCGCGGCGUUGGCCAAACACCGGCGUUCGCACGGCGCCGAGAAGCCCUACAAGUGCGGCGAAUGCGGGAAGGGCUUCGGUUUGACGGCGGCUUUGGUGCAGCAUCAACGGAGUCACAGCGCCGGCAAACCGUACCGCUGCGGGGACUGCGGCAAAAGCUUCGCUUGGAGCUCCCACCUUGACCGGCAUCGCCGGAUCCAUCUGGGAGAGAAACCUUUCCGCUGCGGCGAUUGCGGCAAAAGCUUCUCCCAAAGUUCACACUUGGAGAGGCACCAACGCGUCCACAGCGGCGCCGAACAACCGUGUCAGUGCACCGACUGCGGGAAGAGCUUUUUGGCCUCGGCCAAACGCCGGCGGGUGUUGGCGAGCGCCGGGGAACGGCCGUCCAAGUGCACCGAUUGCGGGAAGAGCUUCUUCUGGAGUCCUCGGACGCGGCCGGCGCCGGAGAGGACCCAGAAGUGUAGCGAAUGCGGGAAGAGCUUCACGUACCGCGCGGAGAACGUCAAACACCAGGGGACGCAGACCGGCGAGAAGCCCUACACCUGCCCCGAGUGCGGCAAAAGCUUCGGGCAGAACUCGGCGUUGGUGAAGCACCGGCGGAUGCACACGGGGGAGAAACCCUACAAGUGUGGGGACUGCGGGAAGAGCUUCAGCGUCCGUUCCAACCUCAUCAAACAUCAACGGACGCACCUCGGCGAGAAGCCCUACAAGUGCGGGGAUUGCGGCAAAGGCUUCAUCCAGAAAUCGGAUCUCACCAAACACCGCCGGAUGCACACCGGCGAGAAGCCGUACAAGUGUAACGUCUGCGGCAAAUGCUUCAGCGUCUCCUCCAACCUCAUCAAACACCAACGGAUCCACCUCGGCGAGAAGCCCUACCAGUGCUCCGAGUGCGGCAAGAGCUUCAUCCAACGCUCCGAGCUCACCAUCCACCACCGCGUCCACACCGGCGAGAAGCCCUACAAGUGCGCCGAGUGCGGCAAAUGCUUCAGCCGCAGCUCCCACCUCAACCGCCACCAACGCACCCACGGCGCCGACAAGGCCAAAGGCGGCGCCGAAGGUGGGAAGAGCUUCCGUUCCCACUUGGCUUUGGGCGACCACCAGCAGAUCCCCGCAGGAGACCGACCCUUCAGCUGCCGCGACUGCGGACGCCGCUUCAACCGCCGCUCCCACCUGGUGGCCCACCAGCGCAUCCACACGGGCGCCAUGCCCUACCGGUGUCCUCACUGCGGGAAGACCUGUCGCGUCUACUCCACCUUCUUCCGACAUCAGAAGACCCACACGGAUGAGCGCCCUUACCGCUGCGAGGAAUGCGGCGAGAGCUUCCGCCACAGGUCAACGUUGACCAUCCAUCAUCGCGUCCACUCUGGAGAGAAGCCCUACAAAUGUUCUGAGUGUCCCAAGAGCUUCAAGAUGAAGUGGGAACUGGUGCGUCAUGGAAGGACCCAUAGCGACGAGAGGCCCUAUGAGUGCUCCGAGUGCUUCAAGAGCUUCAAGAGCUCCUCGGAGUUGGUCCAGCAUGGUCGGACCCACAGCAACGAGAGGCCCUACAAGUGUCCCGAGUGCUCCAAAAGCUUCAAGAGCAGCUCGGAGCUGGUGUGGCACGGUUGGACCCACACCAAGGAGAGACCCUACAAGUGCUCCGAGUGUCCCAAGAGCUUCAAGAGGAGCUCAGAGUUGGUCCAGCAUGGACAGACCCACAGCGACGAGAGGCCCUACAAGUGUUCCGAGUGUCCCAAGAGCUUCAAGAGAAGCUCCCAGCUGGUGUGGCAUGGCCGAAGCCACACCAACGAGAGGCCCUACAAGUGCUCCGAGUGUCCCAAGAGCUUCAAGAGCAGUUUGGGACUCGUGCGCCACGGACGGAUCCACAGCCGGGACCGACCCCAAGGUGGCCGUUAUCUCCCACCCGACUCCCAGAGGACCUACGCUGGGAAGUUCAACCAUCCGACCUGCGGGAAGAGCUCUUCCAACCAUCGCAGGUGCUCCAACGCUGGGGAGAAAGACUCUCGCUGCCCCGAUUGUGGGAGAGGGUUCAAGCAUCGCUCCAACCUCCUCGUCCACCAGAGGUCCCACCUGAAGCAGAAACCUUUUCUUUGUCUGGAUUGUCCCAAGAGCUUCGCCUGCAGCACCCAACUCAUCCGGCAUCGGCAGAUCCACGACGAGGAGAAACCUUAGGCUUUCCAGAGCUUUUGGUUCCGGUCUUGUCUCGCCUUGCAAAGAGGCACCAAGUGAAGAUGGAGACCAUCCCAACAGGGACCUUUUCAACCUUAUUUAGGGCUUUUGACGAUGUGGAGAUGGACCUCAGGACACCUCUGAGUCAAAAUAAAAGCGU